AUGAGGAGCAGCAGAAGACCACCACAGUGCAGCCGGGCCAGAGAGCACAGAGAGAGCUGUAGCAGACAAACAUCAGCAAGCACAGCUGAUGAUGGACAGACCUCCAAGACCACCAGAGACCGGGACCGGCCCGGCUGUGAGUUCUGUGGACCAGGCUCCGACCUCUUCCACUGGGAAGCUUUGCUGAAGAGUUCGUUCCCUCGAGGACGUCACUGCAAAGUUGGUUCUGGAAUGGCGGAAUCUGAGCGACUGGUUUUCUUUCAUGUUCUUCUCAGGAUGGAUGAUAUUCAGCUCUGCAAAGACAUUAUGAAGCUGAAGCAGGAGCUGAGGAAAAUAGUGGCAGUCCCAGAUGCAGAGAAGACUAAGAAACAUCGUCAGAGAGAAGAGAAGUUAAUCCAGGAGAUUCAUCAGCUGGUGCAGAAGAGAGAUUUCCUGGUGGAUGAUGCUGAGGUCGAGCGUCUGAGGGAGCAGGAGGAAGAUAAAGAGAUGGCUGAGUUCCUCCAACAGAAGCUCAGCGUUACACAGAGAGCUCCGAAGCCCAGAACGACUGAACCUCCAGCCAACAAACCCUCCAUCAGCAAGAGCAGCGCGGCCCUCAUUAAGGACUGCUGCGGAGCCACUCAGUGCGUCAUCAUGUGAAGAUCUCGAGAUUCCCCAAAGCAAAUCAUACCUGAAUUUGAUGAAUAUAAGUCUGUUGACUGAGCAUUAGAAAGACAUUCAGCUCCUCUGUGAUUCUGCAGCAUGUCAGUGACUCAGGAGGAGCUCAGGAGCCCGAAACAUCCACACAAAACACAAAACCCAGCUCAGAGAGAAGAGUUUGUUUAUUCUUCAGCCUAACGAUACGAGUCACGAAGAAUCGCUCACACCACAACAGAAUCACAUCAAACAGAAUCUUAGUUAGGAAAUGUUAAAUAACACUGUUGUGAGUUUUUAAACACGUGUCACAAUCCUGUGGAUGUUAGAGGCUCAUCAGUUUACAGACACUUCAUCUUAGACAUCACGAGCCUUUGUAAAAAUCUGUCACUCCGUAAUUAUGACUGAAUUCCUCAUAUUUCAUGGACAGUUCACCAAAUAUUCCCCUAAAAGGUCUGAAAAUGAUUCUGGGGUUUGGGGUUUUGUUACUCUUUUUCUGUUCAUGAACACAGAAGUGGAUCAACACAACCAUGUCAGUGAUAAAUGUGCAUAAACAUGCAAACUAUGUUUGGAGUUAUGUUAUGUUUAUUUGACAAAAAAAGUAGUGAAUACACUCUAUUCGUCAAAGAUAACACAAAGUUUAAAACAAAACUUAUUUCCAUUGUGGUCCUUGAUGUAAAGCACAAACUUCACUCCUGGUAACAGGUUCACUGGCACUGCAUUAUAAAUACAACAAUUACAAUAAAAUUCCACAUUUACAAAAAUUUACAGUCACAAUUAACCACAUACGUAAUACAAAUUCAUCAACAAAACAACCUACCUAGUUAUAGCAUUUCUUUGCCUUUUGAAAUGUAGUGGUAUUUAAACAGGCCUGAUGAUCAGAAAUAAUUAGACAUAAAUUGAAUCUGAAUGAAGCAGAACAUCAGCAAAUAAAGUAUCUUCCUGCAGUCUG